AUGGCUACCGAAGGUCGACAGCUCCAUAUCUUCAUGUUUCCAUUCAUGGCUCACGGCCACAUGAUUCCCAUUGUGAACAUGGCCAAGCUUUUUGCAUCUCGUGGCAUAAAGAUCACCAUCGUUACAACCCCUCUCAAUUCCAUCUCCAUCUCCAGAUCACUUCACAAUGAUUCAAAUUCAUUGGAUAUUCAUCUUCUCAUUCUCAAAUUUCCUUCUGCUGAAGUUGGUUUGCCGCCUGAUUGUGAAAAUGUUGACUCUCUUCCAACCAUGGAUUUGCUCCCCAUAUUCUACCAAGCUAUCAACUUGCUUCAACCUUCUCUUGAGGAAGCUCUUCACCAGAAUCGCCCCCAUUGCCUUGUGGCCGACAUGUUCUUCCCUUGGACCAACGAUGUUGCUGAUAGAAUUGGGAUUCCCAGGCUGAUUUUUCAUGGCACUGGUUCUUUCUCUCUUUGUGCCUCCGAGUUCGUCAGACUUCACCAGCCUUAUAAACAUGUUUCGUCCGAUACAGAGCAUUUUCUCAUUCCUUAUCUCCCCGGAGAUAUUAAGCUAACCAAAAUGCAACUUCCCAUCAUUCUUCGGGAGAAUGUCGAGAAUGAAUACUCCAAAUUUAUCACCAAAGUUAAAGAGUCAGAAUCAUAUUGCUAUGGAGUUGUUGUGAACAGUUUUUACGAGCUGGAAGCAGAGUAUGUAGAUUGUUAUAGAAAUGUAUUAGGAAGAAAGGCGUGGCCAAUUGGCCCGCUUUCACUAUGGAACAAUGAAACCGAACAAAUCUCGCAGAGAGGAACAGGAUCCACCAUUGACGAACAUGAGUGCUUGAAAUGGCUCGAUUUGCAAAAACCCAAUUCGGUCGUGUAUAUAUGUUUUGGAAGCUUGGCCAAAUUCAACUCUGCUCAACUAAAGGAGAUUGCAAUUGGGGUGGAAGCUUCUGGGAAAAAAUUCAUCUGGGUAGUCAGGAAAGGGAAAGGGGAAGAGGAGGAAGACGAACAAAAUUGGCUACCGAAAGGGUACGAACAAAGGAUGGAAGGAAGAGGGUUAAUCAUAAGAGGAUGGGCACCCCAAGUUUUGAUAUUGGAUCAUCUGGCGGUGGGUGGAUUUGUUACACACUGCGGGUGGAAUUCGACGCUGGAAGGAGUGGUUGCAGGGCUACCAAUGGUGACGUGGCCGGUGGCUGCAGAGCAAUUUUACAACGAGAAACUAUUGACGGAGGUACUAAAAAUAGGGGUUGGAGUUGGGGUUCAGAAAUGGGCACCUGGCGUGGGAGACUUCAUCAAAAGUGAAGUUGUGGAGAAGGCGAUUAAGAGAAUAAUGGAGGAAGAAGGAGAAGAGAUGAGAAACAGAGCAAUAGAAUUUGCAAAGAAGGCGGAGAGAGCAAUUGAGAAAGACGGAUCUUCAUAUUUGAAUCUGGAUGCUUUAAUUGAGGAGUUGAAAUCAUUGGCAUUUUAGACUCGUUUUUAAACUACUUCUUGUAGGGUUUCCUGGAUGGGAGAUAGCCUACCAAACAUGUCGUUAACUACCAUUGUCAUAAAGAAUAUCAUGUUAAAAAAGAAGGAUUUUCAGCUGAAAGUUAUUCAA